AUGUGUUUUAGCAGCGGUUUAGUUCAAAUAUAGAAGAAAAUAAACCGGGAACCCAAUCGUACUGAAUUCACUUCUUCAGUACUGAAUUCCAAUUCCACGCUCCUUCAUCGCGCGCUCUUCAUCUUCCUUCAAAUCCCUAACCCAAUCGCCAUCAGAAAUUCUCAAAUCGAUCCUCAAUUCGUUUUCAGAAAUUUGCUGUUGAAGUAACUGUUCUCCGUUCUCCACCGUUCUCACUGUUCUUCACCGUUCUUCAAAUCGUUUUCUCCAUAAGCUUGUUUGUCUUGCUACUUUUCUCAAGGUAUCUGAGAGUGAUAGCUUUGAUCCAUAUCAGGAGAACCGUAGAUCACUGUUUUAACAAUUCACGAAUGAAGCGCCGAUUACUUUCACUCUUGAAGUAAUGACCAUUUUAUGUUUUUUACCCUGCCAAACUGAAGGUCAUUACUCCGAUAUAAUAGAACUACUUCAACUGUCAGCACAUCAGUUGUUGCUACACCAAAAUUGCCUUCUAAAAUCACAGGGAAGACUGUCGAGAUGAAACAAUCAGAAAUGCAUUUGAAUAAAUUAAAGGACUGGAAAUUGACAAAUGACGUCAGGGAAGUGGUUGAAAGAACUUGUUUUAAGUUCUUGCUUCCACUCCAUGAUCAGUUGUCUGCCAUAAAAGGUGAUUUGCAGAUUCCUCUGAGCUUCUUAAAACAUCUCAUAUUAAAAUAUGAUGGAGAAGCAGAUUGUUUUAGAAUUGGAGCCCAAGGGUUUGGGUUAGAUUUUGGGUUUGAGGAUAUCCUGCACAUAACUGGACUGCCCAUAGAUGGGAACCCGGUGACGGGAGAAAUAAUAGAGGAUCCUGCCCAAUUACUAGUAAAACAUCUCGGCAUGGAAAUGGUUAUUGCACGGAGUAUGUUCGAUUUUAAAUCAAAACCUGCUUACAAGGGUACGGUUAAUCUGAACACUUUUCUAGAGCACUUUGAUACUCCUGCUGCCACUGUUUAUUCUUCGGAAGUACGUGCAAAAGCCUUCAUCUUUUACUGUCUCUCAACCACUAUUUUUCCGUCUCGGUCAAGGUCCGGUAGGCCACAUUAUUUGCCCUUGUUGGAUUUUAAUGAGAUCAACAACUAUGCCUGGGGAGCCGCAGUGUUGGGUCACAUCAAGCAUGAUAUAGCUAAUCGUACACAUCAAAGUUUUAGCUUUUUUGUUCUAGCCUUAGUUGUAUUUGCAUUAGAGCGAUUCAAGUUCUUACAUGUUGAAAUUCUCCAUGGAGUAGAAUUAGCAAAUGAAACUCCAUUACUUACCAAGUGGGUUAAAGUGGUGUUUGAUCAUUUAAGGCCUUCCAAGAAGAUUUUAAUGGAAAAUGUGUUCAACGGCAAAUUUGAUGAGCUGAAUGAGGAUGAUAUAAAUUGGAGCCCAUACGGCUUUCAUGCUCCGUAUGAGCAGCAACUUCGUCGUCUAAAAUAUGCAGUUGUCCCCUGCAUCAAUUUCUAUGACAUAGCAAUGGUUCGCCCGGACAUAUGUUAUAGGCAAUUGGGGCUACAACAAGGUGAUGUGACACGACCACCUGUGAAAAUGUUUGACCACAUGGACUUCACGUAUGGGGUCUCAUCAUAG